AUGCCAGUUAAAAUGAAUGCUACGAUUAGUGACAGUAAAGACAAACACGACAGAAGUUCUCGCAGUAAUAGUUGUCAAUUAAACAAUAACAACUCUAAUACUGAUAGUUUACAAAAUCAGAAUUCAACUUUUUCAAGUCCAUUGCAUGAAAGUGUUGUAAUGUCUUCCCAAUUAUCUGAUGACGUCUUCCUAUCUCUACUUAGUAGAUUUUUGGAAGAAUACAUUUCUGGUGAAGAGGAUGCGGAGGAAGCUGUGAAAUUUUUCAGAGAGUCCUUUCCUGUUUCAUCACACAUUUCUUUUGUACACGAAAUCAUAAAUGCAGUUUUAGAAAAGUCAGAACACCAUCAGACUAAAACUUCACAGCUCUUACGACAUCUUUUAUCAAGCAAGUGUCUAAGUAGGCAAGAUUUUAAAAAUAGUCUUGGAAAACUCUUGGAAGAAUCAGGAGAUUUAAUAAUAGAUAUACCCAAACUUUGGAAAUACUUUGCAAAAAUACUUGUGCAUCCGAUUGUCAGUAAUGAGUUUUCACUUGCAGAAAUAAAAGAGUGUUUAAAGUUCUUACCCUCAAAAUUGCGGGAUGAUGGACAAGCUGCAGAACUUAUAGCUGAAUUAAUAUCGGAAAUAAAAGAUUCCAAAGGAACCCAAAGGGUAACUGAAAUGUGGUCACAAAGUGAACUACAGUGGAUUGAUUUUUCUGAUAGCUUGAGAAAAGUUAACUCCGUAGUGACUGAACACAAAUUGGAAUUUUUAAAAGAUGAAGAUUCUUGUACGAAGAAAUAUAGUGCUAGUAACUUGAACACAGAUUAUUUCCGAGACCAGUUAUUACCGUACUUGAAGGAUAACGAAUUCGAUGAAAUAUGCAACUGGAUUCAAGUCACCGUAGGUGAUAAAAUAAAGGAGCCAGAGUUUGUAAGAAUUUUAAUGACUGCGAUUUUGGAAAGUUCAGUUGAGCAGUGUAGUAAUGAAUGGAUAUUUAAAACGGAAAACUUUUAUAAACUUCAAAAAUUGAUUCAGCGGUACGUAGAUGCCGACGAUUCUCUGGAACUUCAAUGUCUUUUUGCCAUUCAGGCUUACAUUGAUAAGUUACAACAUCCAUCAGGCUUAAUUGUCAAAAUCAUGAAUCAUCUUUGCGAGAAUAAUGUCCUUUCAAAUGAAGCUUUUCUUGCUUGGGAAAAGAACUCUAAUCCAGCAGAAAGUAAUGGAAAAAUGCAAGCACUUGAAUCGUUAAAACCUUUUUUUACUUUACUAAAAGAAGUUGAAGACGGAUCCAGCGCGGACGAAGCAUUAUCAAGUUGUUUUUUCUAAAAAUUAUAAAAAUUCUAAUUGUAAUCAUAAAUUUAUCUCAUGCUUAUUAAAUUUUUUUUAAAGUUAUGUAAAUUUAAAGUGUUCCAAGCUCCGAGUGGUUCUCAGAAACAGCUCUAUAACAUGAGUAAGUUACUUUCGUUGUUUGAGUAGCUAAUUAUAAAAAACUAUUAUAUUUGUUCCAAAUAAAUAGAAAUGUUUUUCGAGGCGUUCUGCUGUCAACUACCUUUGUCUGAUAUCAAAUGCCUUUGUUUUUUUAGAUAAAGUGCUAAACAGCAUCAAGAUGUCGAGUUUUAAUUGAAAAACUGAAGAAAUUUUUUGUUUUAAGAAUAAGUUUAUGUUGGGUAAAAAAAUUUGCGAAAAAGUGAAGUGAACAAACGUUGAACCGCGGUACUCGAACUUUGCUCAUUUUCAAUUUUAACUUUUCAAAUAAACGUUUGAUAUACUAUUUUUAAAGUGCGUGUCUACGAAAAAAGUCAUAUUUUUAACGUUUACCUACACAUGUUAUCUGUACAGUUUAUCAGCUUCACAAAUAAAAAAUAUAAGAAGUACAUAAAAUUCAGUUUUUUUUUUUUUCUUAUUCUAAGUAACACGUAGAUAAAUAAAAUAGAGCAGAGAUUAAGGUGUAUAUUUAAAGACCGUUGACUUGAAUAACUUUUAAAUAACCAAGCACCGUAAUAAUAAUGAUUUGACCAUAAUUUAAAAAAAAUGUCAACCAAAAAUUU